CUUAACCACAGCUUGUAUUGCAUCGGAUCAUCAGUUGUUGUCUCGCCAAAGACCAGGGCUGGCAUGCUUGGAUUGUCGAAUUCUUCAGACGUUUCGACUUCAUGCCCUCCUUGUCCCAUCGUUGGGAAUCCCUUCCUUUCCCACGAGAAAUGAAUAUUGGUCCGUGUCCAAAGGGUUUUCCCCGUCUUUGCGGAGUCUUGUUGGCAUCCGCACUUCCCCUCUCGAAACGCUCGACAUAUACGCACUCAACUCGUAGUCAUGUCGUUCAUACCUACCUGGCGCUCGCGAUCAUCGGGAACAUUGUUGCACCAUUCCUUUAUCUCCGACUGUCCUUAGUACUGACGCGAAUGGCACAUUUUCGUCAACGCAAUUCGACGUGGCAAAAGCUGACUCGCACCUCCUUCGAGGUCAUCUUAAGUCCCAUAUUUGGUGUGCUGCCAUCCUUAUGCGUGACCACUACGGUAAAUUUGUGCAGAUUUGCACAUACGGCGCGCCGCCGAAGGAGAAACGUACUCUUGAGAACAGACGGAAGAAGAAUACGCCAGCUAGAAUGAUAUCUGCUGACAAGCGCAGAACACGUCAGCUUCACUGACCAUCUUCCGAUUAUGAUGAGACGAUGCACAACAUUCAGUCUAUGUA